AUGAGUACUAAUGAUGAUACAAUGGUGAGAAAUAAUCAAUCGUCUGAGCAAUCUGUAAAUGAUAUUUCUAAUGAGGACACUUUAAUGGUGACACAACAUCGAUGGAAGCUUUUAGAUUGUUUAGAUUGGAAUAAAGGAAUACCAAAAGCUGCUGCUUUAGCAAGAAUUAAACGUGAUAUUUUUAAUUUGCUCAAAGAUCCACCACCGGGAAUAUUUAUUGCCCCUGAACCUGACGAUAUUACAAAGAUUCACGCUCUUGUUGUUGGCCCAUUGGAUACACCAUAUCAAGGUGGAUUCUUUUAUUUUAUAUUACGUUGUCCACCUGAUUAUCCGAUUCGACCUCCUCGUUGUCUUUUAAUGACAACCGGAAACAAUACAGUUGAUUUUCAUCCAAGUCUUGAUCGAAAUGGAAAAAUAUUUUUAUCGAUUAUUAAUACUUGGAGUGAACCAUCAUGGUGUCCAGCUCAAUCUAUAUCAUCUCUACUUGUAUCCAUUCAAUCGUUACUAUCACAAAAUCCAUAUCAUGAUGAGCCUGGUUUUGAACAAGAACGUCGAUUAGGUGAUUCAAAGAGGUAUAAUGAAAUAAUAUUACACGAAACAUUACGUGUUGCUGUAUGUGAAAUGCUGGAAAAUCCCGAUUCAUGUCCAGGACAGUUUCGCAAAGUUAUGAUAAAACAAUUUUUUAAAUUUUAUGAUUAUUAUAUUUUUGUAUGUACAGAAAACAUGAAUAAUGACGAUCAAUUAAUGAGGGAUCCAUUUGGUGGAUGGCGUGGAUCAUUUCAAUAUUCAUCAAUAUUAACGCGUUUAGAGCAAUUGAAAAGUGAAUUAGAAAUUACCGAACUACCAAGAAAAGAACAACAGCCAACCUAUUCAAAUAUUGAAAAUGUGAUAGAGUCCAGAGAUGGACGAGUCGCGGUUUCACACCGUCCCGCUCCGCCGGCGGGGUGGUGGAGAAACUUGACAGGACGGGGCGGUGACGGUGCGUUGCAAGAUCUUGCGGUUUCCCCGCCCCUUGACAAUGUUGAGUUUUUUUUAACAUUUUUCUUAAGUGUUUGUUUGUUUUUUUUUAUUUCGAAAUUUUAUCUUUAUAUACAGGUGGCUUAUAAAUAAUAACAUAAUGACAAGAAAUUUAAAUAUUUCUACUUCUGGUCAUUCAAAAGGACUCAUUUUUUCGUUGGUAGUAGUACUCGACUCAAUUUUUUUCCAUUCGGAUAAUGUAAAUAAAUCCAAUUGUGAAGUAUUUCAAUUGACGUCAACAAAGUAACUUUACUAGUUGUAAAGUAAAAAAAAUACAUAUGAAAUAUUGUGUAGAUGACUUUUAGUUGUCAUUUAACAAAAUGACUUGAAAAAAUUCAAAUAAAUCCGCUGAAUGAUACUAUAUGAAUGACAUUGAGAGAAAUUUCUCAACCAGUCAAUUUGAAAGUUAGCAAUUACAAUGUUUCGAAGUUUCAGGCGUGGAACACUGAUUUUUGCCGAAAACUUGCCGACUGGAUAACUAAAGGCUUUCAGAUACGUGCUUUAGUUAUCAAGCACUAGUUCCAGUAUUCAAAGUAGCUAGUCCAGAAAGUUUUCUAUAUGUACAUCAAUGUUGUAUCAUUUAGAAGAUUUGUUUGAAUUUUUUCAAGUCAUUCUGUCAAAUGACAACUAAAAGUCAUCUACAAAAUAUUUCAUAUGUGAUUUUUUUACUUGACAACUAGUAAAGUUGCUUUGUUGAUGUCAACUGAAAUACUUAACAGUUUGAUUUACUUACAUUAUGCGAAUGAAAAAGAAACUGAGAAAAGUUCUAUUACCAACCAAAAAAGGAGCCCAUUUGCAUGAACAGAAGUAGAGCCAUUUAAAUUUCUUAUUGUCAUGUCAUUAUAUGUGAGCCACCCUGUAUUUAAAUUAUGCCUUUUCAUCUCAGGAAAUAGAAUAGUAAUUAUGAAAACUUACUAAAAAUUUCAUGAAUAAACAGCAGUGUCCAAGGACUGAGAAAUAGGAAUUCCUAAUUUGCAGAGGAAUUGUCAGUGUAGCUAUGAUAAUUCCUUGGGGAAAUAGGGAUUGACCAUUAUUUCCAUCACAGUUCCCUCAUUCAUGAAAGUCAAGAUAAUGCU